GCGCGAGAUAGGAAUCCAAGAGCGCGGACAGACGGGCGCGCAGCUACAGUUGGAUCGGUGCGUUAGCCGUUCCUCAAAACAUCACAGAGCCUCCAAAACCCACACAGACGCGACAGACAGCCGAAGAAAAACAACAAAAAAACAACAUUGAUGUACAUGUCGUACAGGGGCAGCGGGACAAGACAUCUGGUCGUAAGCAACAGAAAAACGGGUGGAACAUGUCCUGGCGGUCGCGCGGCGAGGAUGGGGAGGACACCAUGCAUCCUGACACUGACUCGGAUGUAGCAGAGCAGAGGGAGGGGGGCAAGGUGAAAGUAAAGUGGACACAAGAGGAGGAUGACAGCCUGAAGGCACACGUUCAAAAACUGGGACAGAAAGACUGGAGAAACGUAGCCAUGCACAUACCAAAUCGCACUGAACACCAAUGUCAGCACCGCUGGUUUAAAGUUUUGGAUCCCGACUUGAUAAAAGGUCCAUGGACGAAAGAAGAAGACGACAAGGUCAUCGAGCUUGUGAAUGUCUAUGGAAACAAACAAUGGGCAGUGGUUGCCAAGCAUCUGAAGGGAAGGCUUGGUAAGCAGUGCAGAGAACGCUGGCACAACCACCUCAACCCCAGUGUGAAGAAGUCUUCGUGGACGGCCGAGGAGGACCUCAUCAUCUAUAAGGCUCACUGCCUGCUCGGAAACCGCUGGGCUGAGAUUGCAAAGCUGCUGCCGGGAAGGACUGAUAAUGCGGUGAAGAAUCACUGGAAUUCAACCAUUAAGCGCAAGGUAGAAAUGGGCUUCUACACGCGGGAGGAUGUUACGCUGAGCGAGGUUGAGGAACUGUUAGCUCGUGUUAAAGAUGUCCAGAUGCCCAAUUGUUAUCAAGAGGUCGCUGAUCCCGACCCAGGGCAGGAGAUGCAUCCCUCAUCGCAGGGAACGUCAGACUCAGCCGCUGUCAAUGGUGACCUGAUUGAUGAGGCAGGCCGUUCCCCUGCAGUCCCCUCCCCAAAGGAUAGUUCAAGUCUCAUGUCUGAAGCGGACAACAUGGGAGAGAUGAAUUCUACCAGCUGGGUGGCGGACAACUCUGGCUUUCUUUCCCCCACCGGGCCACUGAGGGAGGUCCUCGACAUGGUAGAUGGGGAUCUCGAUGGCUGGUGUAACCUAGAAGCCUUUGACUUGCCUGAAGAAAGCCCAAGCCCAGAGCGCCACCAGUUCCGUCUCGAGGGCAGCGCCCUGCAGGAGUUGAGCAAAGGAAGCAAAGGAGAACUUAUACCUAUCUCCCCUGGCGGGGUCACUCCCCCUUCUAUCCUGAGUCACAGAAGUCGCAGACACGUGGCCUUGUCUCCCGAUGCCAAUAGUGCAAUGACACCUAAGAGCACGCCAGUGAAAAUUCUACCCUUUUCACCUUCUCAAUUCUUGAACAUGUGGACCAAGCAGGAUACUCAUGACCUGGAGAACCCAUCGCUCACAUCCACGCCAGUGUGCAGCCAGAAGGCCAUCGUUACCACCCCUCUACAGCGAGACAAGACCCCCAUCACUCAGAAGGAAAACUCGGUGUUUGUUACACCCAACCACAAGUCCGAGCUCUGCACAAUGCCGCGUACUCCAACACCAUUCAAAAAUGCCAUGGAGAAGUAUGGCCCUCUGCAGCCUCUGCCGCAGACUCCGAACCUUGAGGAUGACAUAAAUGAAGUCAUCCUACGAGACGUAGGGAUGGACUUGACAGUCCAACUUCCAACUCUUCCUGAGCAAAGACGCAAGGCGAUGCAUCGACCUCCUGUGAAGAAAGUGCGCAAGUCAUUGGCCCUAGAUGACUGCCAAGUGAUGCCCACAUCCAAACGCAAAUCUAAGAACGAAGCCAAAUAUUGCAGCAUCAAGGAAGAACCUGUGAUGGUUCAUAUCAGCUCCUCGGUUUGCAGUAAAAGCCGUGAAAAUAUUUUGGAUCAGGGUUUCCUUUUGGGUCCGUGUGACAGCACGAUAUUUCCUAGUGUAAUGCCUCCAGCUCCGAUGUCCAAGGAAUGGGAGACAGUUGUGUGUGGGCAAACUAAAGACCAGCUCAUCAUGACAGAGAAAGCAAGGCGCUACCUUCGCUCCCUAAAAUCCCACGCUCCCAACAGAGCUCUGGUGUUGACUUAGACCACUCCCACCUUUGUACCAGCUCGUCACACAAACACAACGUAGUUCUGUUGUUUGCUGUUGUACCUCGUUGUGAAGAAGGGCCUUGUAAAUGUAAUAACAUGUUUGAACAGUGUACCCUAAAUCAGCAACCUCAGCAGUGACACGUUGAAAUACGCUUUUAGAUUUUGUCUAAUUCCAAAGGCCUCUUUAAGGCCUGAAAACAAGAUAAUUCAUCGACAUCGACAGUCAAGCAAUAAGAGACUUGAAACUCAGCAAAAGAAAUCAUCGCUGUCUACUUUUGCAAUCAAUGAAAAUGUUUUUUUACAUUGCAUUUGUUUUUUUAAUCCUUGUACAAACUAUACAUAGCUUGCUUAACAUCCAAAAAUCUGUUGCGAUUUUGUAUGCGGUGUAAAUUUAAGCAUAUUUAGCAAUGGGGAGGGGUGAGAAUUAAAAAAAAUGUUACAUGAACAUUGUUUUGGAAAAUAUCCAAGGUCAUGACACUGAAACUACCAACAAUUGAAAUGACCUCAGAACCAUCAAACAGUGGUUGGCAACGACUGGGGUCUGAAGUCAGGUCUGCAUAGAAUGUUUCAAAUUGAUAGACAAGGUUAACUGUGUCAUGUACAUUGUAAAUAUUCAAUUUGUGGGAUUUUUUUAAAAUUUACUUUAAAGUGUGUCUCUCAGCCUAGGCCUUAAAUACAUGCUCUUUGCAGCCAGAGUAGGAACAUGUUUAAGCACGUUUAUAAGACUUAUGUAAAUGUUUGAUAUCCAAAUAGAGAUGUUGAAAUGAGUGGAAUCAACAACUUAUCAGAUAAGUAUAGUCCAUAACUUUUAUGAAUACGUUUAGUUAAGUUUUUUCAGGUUAUUCUUCCAAGUUGGCCAUAGCACCGCGCUUCAUCUACAUUAAU